AUGGAAUCAGAAUAUUUUGUAUACACAAAUUUUUAUGAUAUAAAUAUUCUAGACUGGCUAAUUUCUCAAAAGAAAUUUCCUGGAAACCACCAUUCACCUCAAGAUGCUAUUAAUACUUUUAAAAAAACUAUUUCAUCCCUUUACAAGA